AGAGACUUUAAUUUUUUGUUUUCAAUAGAUUCUGAAGAGACUGAAAUUCCAAAUAAGCCCACGUUUCUAAGAGAGAGAGAGAGAGAGAGAGAGAGAGAAAAUAGAGCCAAAGCAAAAGUAAACGAGGAGAAGACGAAGACGAAGCAAGUGGUGGAAGACGAAACGCGGCAGGAAAUUAUUUGUUUUUUCCGAUUUACUUUAUCAGUCUCCGGCGAAAACGGAGUCGGAGAGUUGUUGUGACGGUGGAUGUCCUUUCUUCUCCGGCGGAGAUAGUUGUUCUGUAUUUUUUUACCGCGCCGGAGUUUUUGAAGUUCUUCUCUGCUUCAAGGUUGCUUGAGUUGAUUCGAAGGAAUAUUCGCGGUUGGUGAAUCGUGUUUCUGGAGUUUGAUUAGGUUUUACUCUGGAGGAGGAAGAGAGAGUUUGGAAUUUUUUUUUGAUUUGGGUAUUAAUUAGAUGAAAGCUCUGAGACGAAUUCAAACGACGUCUUCGUCUUCUAAUCCUUCAUCGCCAUUAUCAUCUCCUCCUUCUUCCUCUUCAUCUUCGUGGAUCCAUUUGCGUUCUGCUCUCUUCGUUGUUGCAUCUUCUUCUCCAUCGUCUUGUUCUUCUUCGGAUCGGGCUCGUCUCAAAUCACCAUGGUCCCGGAAGAAAAGAAAGAAGCCACUCAGGCCUCAGCAGUGGAAGAGGUUUUUCUCGCCCGAUGGUAGACUUCGUAAUGGAGGAGUUGAUUUGUUGAAGAAAGUCCGAAGUAGAGGUAUUGAGCCGAGCAUUCGAUUAGAGGUGUGGCCUUUCCUUCUUGGAGUGUACGGUUUUAAUAGUUCCAAAGAAGAGAGAGUUACUAUAAGAACCCGGAGAAGGAAAGAGUAUGAGAGACUACGCAGACAGUGCAAGCGGCUUCAAAAACACAAUACAGGGACACUCAGGGUAAACAGAGUCAGUGAAACUAUGCAAGAUGAGUACGAUUGGCCUCAAGUCCAAGACAGCGACAGUUCAUGUUCUGACGAAGUUGUCAGUGCCCGCGAGUCACUCUCUAGCGACGAAGACAUCAUCACUGAAGACAUCGGGUACAUGAGUGAAGUUUCAUGUACAGUUGAGAGAAAUGGCAGCAGCUCAAGACGAAUCACCAACGCUACCAUCUCUACACUCAAUUCCGAGUCAUCAGAUUCAGAUUCGUCAGAUGAGAGUGAAGUGGUACAAGUCUUUCAGUCUUCUGGUACACCGGAUGUGAACAAUACUUAUCCGGCGAGCUCAACUAUCGCACGAACAGAAGAGGAUUUUGUGACGUGGCAGCGUAUUAUCCGUCUAGAUGCAGUGCGUGCUAACUCAGAGUGGACUCCGUAUUCACCAUCCCAAGCGGUUAUAUCCGAGGACAGAGCAUGUCGUGCAGCUGAAGCGGUAGGGUUAAAAGACUACAAUCACUUGGAACCGUACAAGAUCUUUCAAGCUGCACGGCUCGUAGCUGUUCUUGAAGCCUACGCUUUAUAUGACUCCGACAUUGGUUACUGUCAAGGAAUGAGCGAUCUUCUCUCUCCAAUACUCUCUGUAAUCCCUGAUGACCACGAAGCGUUUUGGUGCUUUGUCGGGUUCAUGAAGAAAGCUCGUCACAACUUCAGGCUCGACGAGGUUGGAAUCAGGAGACAGCUCAACAUAGUCUCGAAGAUAAUCAAAUCCAAAGACUCGCAGCUUUACCGACACCUGGAGAAACUCCAAGCAGAGGACUGUUUCUUUGUGUACAGAAUGGUUGUUGUGAUGUUCAGACGAGAGCUGACACUAGACCAGACGUUUUGUCUAUGGGAAGUGAUGUGGGCAGAUCAAGCAGCCAUCAGAGCCGGGAUGGGGAAAUCUGCUUGGAGCAGGAUAAGGCAGCGUGCACCUCCCACGGAUGAUUUAGUGCUCUAUGCAAUAGCUGCAUCGGUGUUGCAGAGAAGGAAACUUAUAAUAGAAAAGUAUAACAGCAUGGAUGAGAUUCUAAGGGAGUGUCAUAGUAUGACAGGGCAAUUAGAUGUGUGGAAGCUAUUGGAUGAUGCACAUGACCUUGUUGUUACUCUACACACCAAGAUUGAACAUUCUUUCUCGUAAAAUUUUAUCUUCGUUUUCGCGGGGUUUUAAGAUCCCGCAACGACUGGUUUAAGAAGGUGGUGGGGUGGUGAGUUCCAUGGUUCCUUGCAGGCCGAAUUGGCUUGUGAGUAUGAGCUUUGUCUGAAUCCUGGCCUAACGAAAUGAGGCUAGAGAUUGGAAGAGAGUGGUGAAUAUAGAGAUGGUGUGUAUUUAAUUGAAAAUAAAUGUAUGUGUGUGUUGUGAAGACUGUGAAAAGAUUUGAGGGGAGGGAGUUUGCAAA